AUGAGCUUUCUGGACAUUGCAAAACUAAUUCGAAUUGUAACUGUGUUGAGGGCAAGCUCUAGCUUUGAACUGUUUGGUUUAGGCUGUCCGGGAAAGGAGGAUGUGGCAACCUCCCUGGGAGCCCUUGCUGCCUAUUUCUUUUUUCAUAGGCAGAUAGCCUCCCCGCCGUCGCUUGCAGCUCUCUCGUUGGACCCUCCAUUGCGGGGGAAACGUUUCACACGCCCUCAGCACCUCACCACAUCUCCACUCGCCUCUGCGGCACCUGCUGAGUCAGCGGACCAAGGACCGGCAGCUCAAAAUCACACAGCUGCUCUCCUGUCCGGCCGGCUGGUGGAACCUCAGCCUGAUACGCUGGCCCCGGCAUCGUUAAAGAAGCGACGCUUGCGCCGCCGGCGUGCCUCACCGCAGUCAGACUCUAAAACUUUCCAACAGCCGGCUGUGGUGAGUCAUAUGGACAAUUCAUCUUCACUCACCUCAUCUGUUUGUUCACUGGACUGUGUGAAAGCUAACCUCGUAGCACAGCCAGCUGCCCAGCCCGUAGCCGUAGCACAGCCAGCUGCCCAGCCUGUAGCCGUAGCACAGCCAGUCCAGUCAGCCUCUCGUCUCCAUCCUCAGUUGGAGGCUGAUAUGCCUGCUGGACCUACCCUGCCAUUAUGUCACCCGCCUGUUAUGGUGUGUUCACCAGGAAGGGUGCUCUCAGUGUGA